AUGUUAACUAACCUUUUAAAUUAUCUUUACAAGAGUUUGCAUGAUAAUAGAGCUAUAGUUAAAAUGAUAAAUGAUUAUGUUACAGCUUUAGAAUAUAAUAAAUUAUUUAAAGAAAAAGCAGCACAGCAACAACAACAUGUUGAUUAUGGUGCAUAUCAACAACAGCAACAGCAACAACCAAAUAUUGCUAGAGAAACAGAAACAAGAUAUGAUAGCACUUCAAAUGGCCAACGAAGAGUUUCAAGCGUCCAUCGAUCAGCCAUCGGGCAUAUCACUCCAAACAAACCAGAGGAUGACGAGGAAGAACAAACCGAAUGGUUAUUAAAAGACAAAUCUUCAAUCAACAUCUAUGAUUAA